AUGAUGAACCCUUACAUUAGCUGGGCCCUGCUGCUCGUCGUGGCAGGUGGCCUUGGAUGGUAUUAUAAUAAUGGAGCAACCCCUAAGGUCAAGGCUCCCGUCAAGCCUGUGGCAGAGAAGAUCGAGAGCGCACCAAGCGUGAAGAAACCAAAGAAGAAAACAAAGAAGACCCCCGAACCCUCUACUUCGACUCCCAAGGCCGAAGAAAAACCCGCCGCUGAAUUCAAGGCUCAGGAGGCCGACAAGCCCGAUGAGGAGAUUGACAAGAACGAGAUGGCCAAGCGUUUUGCUGCUGUCAAGAACGGAACUCCCCAGACUAGCACCAAGAGCACCAAGUCUCAGAAGAAGAACAAGAAGACAGCUGCUAGCCAGCUCGAAGUCAACAACAGCAGCGAGCGCUCUGGCUCGCGCGUGUCCACUCGCACAGCCUCUACGAACGGAGCCGAUGCUGACGAUGAUCUCUCCCCCGCUGAAUCUCCCGAGGUGAACGCCACCUCGUCUGCCGGAUACGUUUCUGACAUGCUUGAGGCUCCCGCUCCAGGUGCAUCGGUUCUCCGCGUUACGGGUUCCAUGGAAUCGGAGCCAAAGAAGCAGAAGGCUCAGACAUUCAAGCAAGUCGAGACCAAGAAGCAGCGCCAGCAGAGAAUGAAGAACGAUGCUCGUAAGCAGCAGAUCCAGGAGGCCGAGGCUGAGAGACGUAAGCUGCUCGAGAAGCAGCUUCACACUGCCAGAGAAGCUGAGCGCCGCGAGGCUGCCAAGUCUAAGCUGGCCGCCCCGACCAAUGCCUGGCAGAGCAACGGUGCUGUCGCCAACGGCACCCCCAAGCCCACUCAGGCCCCCAAGGUGGACCUUUUGGACACAUUCGAGAACGAAACUCCAUCAACCAAGGCCACUCCUGCGGCCUCGAAGAAGUGGACUCAAAGCCUCCCCUCCGAGGAAGAGCAGAUGCGUAUUCUUGGCGCUGCUAAUGGAGAUGAUGAGUGGACCACCGUGCCUAGCAAGAAGGCACCCAAGAAGAAGGGCGGAAAGACCGAUGAGAGCCAGAGCGAUCUCAGCGCUUCCGAAAGCAACCCUAUCCCCGAGGUUGCUCCUGUUGAAAAGCCCAAGGUCACCAUCAAGCCCACGUACCUGCCCGACAUUCUGCAGUCCAAGCAGAAGGGCCACCCUCUUGACUCCGACUGGGCUGCCUAA